AUGGCUCAACUCGCCGGUGAAGAGCCGGAUGGCCGAGAGGUCCGCGGCGCCUGGCCGGACGGGGGGCGGGUGUGGAUCGCCGCCUUCUUGAGCUUCAUCGUCCUCCUGACCGCCGCGGGCAACUCUCUCCUCAUCCUGCUCAUCUUCACCCAAAGGUCCCUGCGGAACACUUCAAACUACUUCUUGGUGUCCCUCUUCAUGUCGGACCUCAUGGUGGGCCUGGUGGUGAUGCCGCCGGCCAUGCUCAACGAGCUCUACGGCCGCUGGGUCCUGGACGCCGUCUUCUGCUGCGUCUGGCACUCCUUCGACGUCAUGUGCUGCAGCGCCUCCAUCCUCAACCUCUGCGUCAUCAGCCUGGACCGCUACCUGCUCAUCAUCUCGCCGCUCAAGUACAAGCUCCGCAUGACGUCCUGCCGGGCCGUGGGCCUGAUCCUGGCCACCUGGACCCUGGCGGCGCUGGCCUCCUUCCUGCCCAUCGAGAUGGGGUGGCACGAGCAGAACUUGGAGGCGCCGUCCUCGAACUCGACGGGGGAGAAGCAGUGCCGGCUCACCGUCAGUCUGCCGUACGCCCUGAUCGCUUCCUGCUUGACCUUCUUCCUGCCCUCGGCCGCCAUUUCCUUUACCUACAGCCGCAUCUUGCUGGCGGCCAGGAAGCAAGCCGUCCAGGUGGCCUCUCUGACCACCAGCAUGCCCACUACUUCUGGAGACCACACGCAGGCCAACACUGCCACCACCACCGCCAACACUGCCGCCACCACCGCCAACACUGCUAUCACAACCACUGCCACCACCAACACCGCUGAGGCCAACACUGCCACCACCACCGCCAACACUGCCGCCACCACCGCCAACGCAGUCUUCCCUUCUAGAGCCACCACCAACACCGCUGAGGCCAACACUGCCACCACCACCGCCAACACUGCCGCCCCCACCGCCAACACCGCUAUCACAACCACUGCCACCAUCACCACCGCUGCAGCCAACACUGCCGCCACCACCGCCAACACUGCCACCAACACUGCUAUCACAACCACUGCCACCGCCAACACUGCUGCCACCACCAACGCCACUGCCACCACAACAACCACCAACUCUGUUGCCGCCACCACAACCACCAACACUGCUGCCACGACCACCAACAGAACAACCACCAACACUGCUGCCACCACCACAAGCGCCAACACUGCCGCCACCACCACAAGCGCCAACACUGCCGCCACAACAACCACCACCAACACAACAACCACCCCCAAAACUGCCACAACAACCACCAACACUGCUGCCACCACAACAAGCACCACCACAACCACUGCCGGCACAACCAACACUGCCACCACCGCCAACACUGCCACCAACAUUGUCGUCACCACCACAACCAACACUGCCACCACCGCCACCGAAAACACUGUCUGGCCUUGGCAUUCAGUCUCUGUAAACUUUUACCUAGAUGAGCGUCAUGUGACGGGAGCCGCCAUGUGGUCGCGCUCUGUAACUCCGGAUAUCAGCCGGGAGGAGCCGCGUUUACAUGGCGUGCGUCCUGCGCCGCCCCGGCUCCGCUGUGUGCGGCUCUCAGUGCGCAGAAAUGUCUACGAGAUCAAAACCGCAACGCACAACGUUCUCACCCUUCCCGCCACCGAGAGCCGAAAGUUUGUCACCAAACACAGCAAGAAGGCCCUGAAAGCCAGCCUGACCCUGGGCAUCCUGCUGGGCAUGUUCUUCGUGGCGUGGCUGCCCUUCUUCGUGGCCAACGUUGUCCAGGCGGUCUGCGACUGCGUCCCCCCCGGGCUCUUCGACGUGCUGACCUGGCUGGGCUACUGCAACAGCACCAUGAACCCCAUCAUCUACCCGCUCUUCAUGAGGGACUUCAAGCGGGCCAUGGGGAAGUACCUGCCGUGCUGCCGGCGCUCCCGGGUCAUCUCCCUGUCGGUGCGCAACUCCAACAGCGCCCCCCGCCUGGGCCUGUAA